UACUACUCCUCCCCCGUCCCUCGCUGCCCGCCUGCUCCCCUGCCCUCCCCAUCCAUCCACUCCACCACCACCACCACCACCCCCGGCCGCAACAAGCACGCAGUCUCCCACCUGGUCAAACCGCUCCCCUCCCCCCUCCCCCACCACAACCGCGCCCCCAAUCCGCGUGCAUCCGUCCGCCAUGCCUCCUCCCCGCCUCCUGCCCCCGAUCCUCCUCCUCCUCGUCGUCGUCGCCCCUCCCGCCGCGCCGCAGCCCGCGCCGGGACCGGCGGCGGAGCCGCAGGAGGACGACCUGCGCUGCCUCAAGGGCGUCAAGCACGACCUCUCCGACCCCAACGGCCGCCUCGAUGACUGGGACUUCAAGAACACCUCGGGGGGCGCCGUCUGCAACUACAACGGCAUCGGCUGCUGGAACAUGCAGGAGUCCCGCGUCCUCUCGCUGUCGCUCUCCGGGUUCGGCCUCGUCGGCUCCAUCCCCUCCUCGCUCCAGUACUGCCGCGCCGCCACCACGCUCGACCUCUCCAGCAACGCGCUCGCCGGCACCAUCCUCCCGGCGCUCUGCGACUGGCUCCCCUUCCUCGUCACCCUCGACCUCUCCUCCAACCAGCUCACCGGCCCGAUCCCCGCCGAGCUCGCCAACUGCCGCUUCCUCAACACGCUCAGGCUCUCCGGGAACCAGCUCUCCGGCCAGAUCCCCGCCUCCCUCGCGCGGCUCGACCGCCUCAAGACGCUCGACCUCUCGGGGAACAGGCUCGACGGCCAGAUCCCGUCCCAGCUCGGCGACAACUUCUCCAAGGACUCCUUCUCGGGGAACUCGGGGCUCUGCGGCCGCCCCGUGUCCUCGCGCUGCGGCCGCGGGCUGGGGAGCACCGGCCUUGGCAUCGUUAUCGCCGCGGGAGUCUUCGGAGCCGCCGCGUCGUUGCUCCUCGCCUACUUCUUCUGGCGGUGCACCGGGAAGGGCAAGGGAGGGCGCCGCCGCCACAGGCGCGGCGCCACCGAGUCCGGCGGCGGGGAGGACGGGAGCUGGUGGACCGAGAGGCUGCGGGCGGCGCACAACCGCCUGGCCCCGGUCUCGCUGUUCCAGAAGCCCAUCGUUAAGGUCAAGCUUGCUGACCUGAUGGCCGCCACGCAGGACUUCAGCACCAGCCAUAUCGUGGUCGCCGGGAGCUCGCGGGCGGGGACGGCUUACCGAGCCGUGCUACGGGACGGGUCUGCGCUGACGGUCAAGCGCCUGCACUCGUGCCCACUCUCGGAGAAGGCGUUCAGGGCUGAGAUGGGUCGGAUUGGGCAGCUGCGGCAUCCCAAUAUCGUGCCACUGCUGGGCUUCUGUGUUGUCGAGGAUGAGAGGCUGCUGGUGUAUAAGCAUAUGGAGAGUGGGGCUCUUUCGUCGGUGAUGAAGAAGCCAGGGGAAGCGCCGCUGGAUUGGGCAACGCGACUUAGGAUCGCCGUGGGGGCAGCAAGGGGGCUUGCGUGGCUGCACCAUGGGUUCCAGGUUCCGCAGAUUCACCAGAACUUGAGCUCAAGUGCAGUGCUUCUUGAUGAGGAUUAUGAGGCUCGGAUCACCGAUGUUGGGCUCACGAGGCUGGUCCGGAUGGCGCCCGGCGAGGGCGGUGAUACUAGCCCUUUCCUGAAUGGGGACUUUGGGGAGUUUGGCUAUGUUGCCCCAGAGUAUGCUAGCAAUCCAGUUGGUACUAUGAAAGGCGAUGCAUAUGCAUUUGGGGUGAUAUUGUUUGAGCUUGUUAGUGGGCAGGAGGCUGCUGCUGUGGUUACUGACGUGACGGGUGAAGGAUUCAAGGGGACAUUGGUGGACUGGGUUAAUCAGCUCAAGGCUUCUGGUCGGAUCAGUGAUGUUGUUGAUAAACCAUUGCGUGGGAAAGGCCAUGAGGCAGAGAUUGAGGAGUUCUUGAAGAUAGCUUUUGCUUGUACCCAGCCUUGUGUGAGGGAGAGGCAUUCCAUGUAUCGGGUUUUCCACGCUCUGAAGAGCAUUGGAGAGGGUCGCGAUGUCACGGAGCAGUUCGAUGAGUUCCCGCUGGCCUAUAACAAGGAUGAUUCAGACACUAUGUAGCUGAUGCUGAUCGCCAAUUGGAUUGUGGAAAUGUUUCGUCAUGCUCAUUGAUGAUAUAUAGUAGCCUUGCUAUGGACGGAUCAGAGGCAUAAUGAGUUGUAAUCGAACAAUAUUGUGGCACCAAAGCUAGCGCCGAUGCUGGGUGGUCAAUUCUAUUGUUGCAUCAACAGGGGAUGCGAUAAUCAUGUAAGCUGUAAGAUCAGUUUACAAUUCUGUAUGUCUUUUUUCAGUUACUGCUAGUGCUUGUAGUAUCUGUAUGGAACUGUAAUUCUUGAUGUGCCUAAAUCCUGAUAUAACCUUUCGAAGUUCCUUCUUGGAACAACCAGCAUGCUGUUCAGUCAUUGGAUUGACACUCAA